AUGCGUCCUUCGUUGCAUUCCGAUGCAUCGCGGCAGGAACCACAAGGAAGGCACGUUCUGCACAACCCCGCGAAUGGCUUCUGCGAUAAACAAACUAUCCCUGAAUCCCAGACGUCCGAUCGAGCUCUCUUGAGUAACCUCGUCAAUCAAUACCGACAGCACAGCAGUACGAGAGCUUCUACUGCGGUACCACAUGAGCCCAACGCGCCCGAGACACACUCUGAGCUCGACGCGUCCAUCGCAAGACCCCAAAUCUCCGAUAACGCCCACCGACCUCCAGCCAUUAUGCGCUUCUCUAGAAAGUUCAAGGCUUCCUCGCAUUGUCUGCCCAGCCCAGAUGGCCGGCUUGUGGCGACGCUGCUUCCCACUGGAAUACACAUUCAAGCUGUGGACCGUCUCGAGGAGUUCGCCGACGUAAUAGAGCUUCCAACAGACCUGUCUGUCUCGGCCAUCGUCAGCUUCCAAUGGUCGCCGACUUCACAGCGUGUCCUGGUGGCUACGGCAGACCAGAUUCUGGUGGCGGCUGUCCUGGCCUCGACCGGUGGUGAAGAAAAGCCAUUCCGUGCUGUGAUUCGCAACCCGUCACUGCCCGUCGUUGCCAAGCCCGCCUUCGUCGGCUUUGGUCCUUCCGAUGACCAAGUGUGCCUCUGUUCUGCUUAUGGUGUAAAGUUUGCCGUGUUCAGCUUGCUGACGGGCAAGACGGUCGAGAUCUUGAACCCGAAGCUCUUUAGUUCAGUUUCGGUUUUCAGUCGUGGAUUUUCGUUCCGGCCAGACAGCAACCACCUCUCCCUCCUGACACGCACUGCAGGCAAAGACUGGGUCAGUGUGCACGACCCGGCAGCGUCAACUCCCAUUGCAUCAUGGGCCCCCGACACUAUUGAUGCCCAGGGCCUUGUCUGGAGUCCUGACGGCCACUGGCUGACAGUGUGGGAGUCGCCCGCAUACGGCCGCAAAAUUCUGUUCUAUACACCUGACGGCUAUAUUUUCAAAACCUGGACCGGUGUUCCCCAUGCCGGAGCCACUCGACAAUCAAACGGUGACGGUGAUGGAGGUUAUGGCGAUUUUGAGACGCACAUCGAUACACAUAUUGCCGACGAGCUACUUGGGUCAGGUGUCAGGCUGGUGCAGUAUUCAGCAAACGCUCGGAUCUUGGCCGUUGGUGAUGUCUCGCGCACAGUUCGACUGAUUGACGUGGCAUCUAUUACGACAUACAAACGGCUUGUUCAUCCCACAUCUCUGCGCCCUCGAACGAGCGCGUCAUCUAUGAUUUGGCAGGAACAGAUUGGGCCAUCUGCCGUCAGCGGUGUUUGUCACAGCUUUGUCGAGGCAACGCAGGAUGUGUCGCCCCCGGGCCGCUCGGCCUCGACCAGCACUGACGCAUCUGGAAUCUCGUCAGGAUGCACGCUAUUGGCAUUUGACUGUGCAUCCGCCCUUCUUGCAACUCGUUUGGAAGAGGCUCCCACUACUGUCUGGGUCUGGAGCGCGGAAACAGGACAAUUGUGCAGUGUUCUUAUGCUCCAUGCGAAUGUGUCUGCUGCGACAUGGCACCCUUCUACACCCGCCACCCUACUCAUCACAUGCGACGGUGAAAAGCACCAAGGGCUGGGUGUCGUCUGGAACCCCCUCAAGGAUGAGCCUCCUCAGGUCGGCGACUUCUUGCGCUAUUAUCCUCUCACAACUAACGAAGGCCACCUUCCACUAAGUGGCGCCCCAACAGGAAAACAUCGCUUAACAUGGCUACAUCUCGACGGUAUCCCGCCUUCGCUGUUUUACUCGGAUGGACACGAAUUUUCUCUUGUCGCGCUUGAUGAGGGCGACCAACAUGAGUACAAGGCAACCGACUCAGUGCCGUGGCCAGAGGCCGACAUCCCAGCAGCACCUUCCUACUUGUCCAAUAGGCAAUGGGCCCUUGAAGAUCGAGUGAGAGAGGAGUCACCCUUGGAACUUGUGCCCGCAAGCGUGGAAAUCGAAGGCGCCAGUGUGUUGGAUGAUACCUUCCACUACAAAAGAGAGGACUAG